CUUUACUCAAGAUACAACAUGUAGUUUUAUUAGUUGAUCUUAAUCUAGCGUGUGGACAGUUUUAGUGUUGAAUAUUGAGAAAAUGUUUUACACAUCUCUUGUAUUGUGUUGGUGGACUCUGGUUGGUGUGUUUGGUGCUGAAGUAACUUUAGUGUCAGUGAUGGAGGGAGAUAACGUUACCCUACACACACAUUUUACUGAAAUACAGAGAGAAAAUGAGAUCAAGUGGUGGUUUUUUAAAGACAUUAUCAUCAGAAUCAAGAAAGCAGCCAACAUCAAUCCUGAAUAUGAUAAAGUGCCUCCGAGAUUCAGAGGCCGAGUGAAGAUGAACGCUCAGAAUGGAGAUCUCACCAUCACAGACAUCACACCUCAAGACUCUGGAUGUUAUAAAGUAGAAAAUAUAACUAAAACAAAUUCAGCAUUCAAGACAUUUAACAUUACUGUUUAUGCUGCUUCUACUGUCAGCAUCGUUUCUUCUACUGUCCGUAUCACUGUGCCUCCAAAAAAUCCAUCAGGAAGACAACAGCCAGAUCCUAUGAUUCUGAUCUAUUGUGUUGCUGCUGCUGUUGGAUGUCUGAUGAUUUUAGCUUCAGUUUUGAUCUUCUGGAUCUACAGGAAACACAAAAACAAACAUCAACAGGAUCAGAGUGGUGAAGAUGAAGACACUUAUGCUAAUACAACAUUUCACAAACUAAACACACAGAUGAAGCAAUCUGAAAUAACAGAGGUGGUUUACACAUUUUAUACCAUUAACACAGAUCAAAAUCCUCUCUUAUCUUAAUAAUAAUGUAUUUUAUGUGUUUUAUUUCAUUUAUCUUUUAUAUCGUUUAGUGGUUUUGUUGAAUUUGUUGUGAUUCUGAAUGUUGAUGUAUUUCAUCAGUUUUGACCUUUCACCACACCAACACAAUGAUUGUUAUUUAAUAUCAAAUCUCUGGACAUGAAUAGGUUAAUAGAUUCACACUUUGCUGUGAUUAAUUGUGUGUUGUGUGAUUGUGACCUCUAGUGGUGAGAUGAUGAAACUGAUAUAAAUAUGAGACAUCAGAAGAUGAUAUUAUUAUGUAUUAUGUUAUUUUAAAUAAAAGUAUAAUUAAAUUGAUCAUUGAUUUGUUUAUGCCAUUGUGAUUUUAUUUAAUAAGAUGUAGCUCAUUUGUAAGAAAAGUUUCACCUCAGAUAUCUAUAGUUGCUACAAAUGCAGUAAACUGUAGUUAAUUUAUUAUACUGUAGUGUUUUUGAACUUUAAUAUAGUAAAUAUUACAGUACACUACAGUACAGUUUAUUAAUUUAUGAUUAAUACCACAGAAAACUAUAAUGCAGAACAGUAGCCUAUAAUGCACUUUAGUACAGUUAAUUAUAGACUACAAGCUAAACCAGCACCA